AUGCUAAAAUAUUUUAACGAGUUUGCCAAAUCACUGAGGCUCAAGUACAAUCGGGCACAGUACAGAAACAAAAAACGCCGAACUGUAAUCCCACCGCCACCCACCACCACAACAACAAUUUACAGACAAAUGAAAUUUCUCCCCCCAACGAAGCCAGAUACAGUCGUAACCAGAUAUUCGGGCUUUGGCCAACUGGAAACCUACAUCAACAAUACCAAGCAGAAUAUGGUCAACAACCUAGAAAAAAUCGCACACACGUCAAAAUCUAACCUCACUGCAGCACAGAAGACAGCCAUGCAGCAACUGAAGAAAGUGCGGCACGCAGUCAUAAUCAAACUGGCCGACAAAAACUUAGGGGUAGUCCUCAUGGACACCAAUGACUACGUGACACAAUGCCUAGUACAUUUAACAGACAACAAAACGUACAGGCUAAUCGCAAAGUACCCAGCUCAGGAUAUUAGACGGCAGCUAUUAGACACCCUCGCCAACCACAAGCAAGUGCUAAGCUCACAUGACAAAAGAUUUUACAAGUACCUAUGCGAACCUACCAACAACACCCGCGUCCCAAGGUUCUAUGGCAUCCCCAAGAUACACAAGGAGUUCACGAAAUCUCCUCCACUGCGCCCAAUAGUUUCCCCGACCUUAUCGUUAUUAUUUCCCUCAGCGAAAUUUAUUGACCAUGUCCUUCAACCAAUAGCACGCUCGUACCCAGACUACCUCCACGACUCCUCCACCCUUUCAGUCACACUACAGGACCUGACAGUCCCCGAUAAUGCCAUUCUAGUCACAAUGGACGUUACCAGCCUAUACCCGUCUAUCCCACAAGAGGAAUGUCUUCAAGUUAUCUACAAUGAACUCCACACCAACCGGCACCUUUUAGCCUUUGACCCCAAUCUAGUCAUCAAGCUACUACACGUUAAUAUGAACAACACCUAUUUCACCUGGAGGCCUAACCUAUCAACAGAUAAGUGGCACGGCCAUGGGGGCACCAUUCUCACCCACCAUUGCAAAUAUAUAUAUGUCAGUGACAUUAAGCAGGUUCUUAAAUCUUAA